CCGCGAUUGGAGACAUGGCGGCGGCGGCGGCGGGUGACCGGUGCGCGCCGGGGGCCGCGUGCGGCCAGGACAGCUACCGCUCGCCGCUGGCCUCCCGCUACGCCAGCCCGGAGAUGUGCUUCGUGUUCAGCGACAGGUUCAAGUUCCGCACGUGGCGGCAGCUCUGGCUGUGGCUGGCGGAGGCCGAGCAGGCCCUGGGGCUGCCCAUCACGGAGGAGCAGCUGCAGGAGAUGCGGGCCAACCUGGACAACAUCGACUUCGCCCUGGCGGCCGAGGAGGAGCAGCGGCUGCGGCACGACGUCAUGGCGCAUGUGCACACCUUCGGCCACUGCUGCCCGAAGGCCGCGGGCAUCAUCCACCUGGGUGCCACCUCCUGCUAUGUGGGCGACAACACCGACCUGAUUAUUCUUAGAAAUGCGUUUGACCUGCUUCUGCCAAAGCUCGCCAGAGUGAUCUCUCGACUUGCUGAUUUUGCCAAGGAACGAGCCGACCUGCCCACCCUGGGCUUCACGCAUUUCCAGCCUGCCCAGCUGACCACCGUGGGCAAACGUUGCUGCCUCUGGAUCCAGGACCUCUGCAUGGACCUGCAGGGCCUGAAGCGGGUCCGGGAGGAGCUGCGCUUCCGGGGCGUGAAGGGCACCACGGGCACGCAGGCCAGCUUCCUGCAGCUCUUCGAAGGAGACCACCAGAAGGUAGAGCAGCUUGACAGGAUGGUGACGGAGAAGGCGGGAUUCAAGAGGGCUUUCAUCAUCACGGGCCAGACGUACACCCGGAAAGUGGACAUUGAGGUUCUGUCCGUGCUGGCGAGCCUGGGGGCUUCCGUGCACAAGAUCUGCACCGACAUCCGACUCCUGGCCAACCUCAAGGAGAUGGAAGAGCCCUUUGAAAAACAGCAGAUCGGCUCCAGCGCGAUGCCCUACAAGCGGAACCCCAUGCGCUCCGAGCGCUGCUGCAGCCUGGCCCGGCAUCUCAUGGCGCUGCUCACGGACCCGCUGCAGACGGCCGCCGUGCAGUGGUUUGAACGCACGCUGGACGACAGUGCCAACCGACGGAUCUGUUUGGCUGAGGCCUUCCUCACUGCAGAUACUAUACUGAACACACUGCAGAACAUUUCUGAAGGAUUGGUGGUGUACCCCAAAGUCAUCGAGCGGCGCAUUCGGCAGGAGCUGCCUUUCAUGGCCACGGAGAAUAUCAUCAUGGCCAUGGUGAAAGCCGGGGCCAGCCGCCAGGACUGUCACGAGAAAAUCAGGGUGCUGUCCCAGCAGGCCGCUGCCGUGGUCAAGCAGGAAGGGGGUGACAAUGACCUCAUCCAGCGGAUCCAGGCUGAUGCCUACUUCAGUCCCAUCCACUCCCAGCUGGACCAAUUGCUGGACCCGUCCUCGUUCACCGGCCGGUCCUCCCAGCAGGUUCAGAGGUUCCUAGAAGAGGAGGUGUAUCCCCUGCUAAAGCCCUACGAAAGUGUAAUGAAGGUGAAGGCAGAGUUGCGUCUUUAGAGCCGGAAGGAAAUUAAACAGAAUCAUCGUGACUUUGGUAACUUUUCAGAAGUGCCUCAUUUUACCUCAAGAAUUGUUAUCUUCAGUUAAUACUUUUUUUCCCCCUUCCAUGGCGCUUUCACAUUUCUUUGGGUUUACCGCCCGAGGUGGACACUGGCUAUAGCAGCGUCGGUGUCCGUGGCGGACAGCCAGGUGGGCCAUGUUUUCUCGGCAGUGUCCCAGCAAGGCCUUUCACACUUGCCUUCCUGGGCUUCUGAGUCAGUAAACAAAUCCCCAGUCCUCUCUGCGGAGGUUGAAUUUAAUCCGGUUUAGCAAAACCACCUGAACUCAAUCCAGCGUCGUUGAAUGCCUUUGUUUCAGUUCCAUUGGGCUAAAAUGCAUCAGGAAACUUGGCGCUACAGCAGGUUCUCAGGGUGACUGAUAAGAUUAUUGGACCUGCUCAGCCCAACUUGAGUCUCUCUUCACGGUCUUUUGGUAAGGCUUGAUAUCAAGGAAAUGCUAAUUGGGUCUCAGUCACAUCCAGGCAGCGGGUAAGAGACUGCAGUGCCCACUGUAGUCGGUGAUGAUAGAGAUCGGCCCAGCAGGAAAGCGCAGGGGAGUUACGCCACGGGCUCUGUCCCGAGUCCUUCGUCCCUGUGGUUUUUUUUUUUUUUUCUUUUCGGGUCACACCCAGCGAUGCACAGGGGUUACUCCUGGCUCUGCACUCAGGAAUUACCCCUGGUGGUGCUCGGGGGACCCUAUGGGAUGCUGGGAAUCGAACCGGGGUCGGCCGCGUGCAAGGUAAACGCCCUCCCUGCUGUGUUAUCAUUCCAGCCCUUGCUGUGUUUUUUGUUUCAGCAGAGGUGAAGGUAAAGAGUGGCAGGGGUGGGGCGAGCAUGUUGACUGCUUCAGGCCUGCCUGGGCUUCAGUCUACACACUCACACACAAUUUGGCACCACGCACAUACAAAUAAAUUAGAUAAAAGGAAUUGUGUUCGUGGGUGACCGGCCAGUAUAUUUCUUCGGUAAAAUAAGAUUUCAUCUAACCUAAGUGGAUUGAAACUUCGUAACCACAGCUUGGGAGGGCUGGGGAGAGUAAGCCUUGAACUCCGUCUGCACCCGAAGUGGCUGCCGUUUCGGGGUGUUUCACAUUAAAGGUGCUGCUGUGUCUG